UAGUCUUUAUGUUAAUAUGACAAAAAAUGAUACUUAUAAAAAUCAUAUCAUUAUUCCACAUUCAUUUUACGCUUGGAUUACCCUUUUAUAUAUUACAGUGCAAUUUUAUGAUGUAUAUGUUAAAUUAUUUUAAUCAUAACAAUCGAUAUUUAAUUGAAAUGAGUGAAAAUAUAAAAAAAUAUGAUGUGUUUAGUUUAAGCAAGUAUGGCGACGCAAUAAAAAGUCAUGGCGAAAUCAUACUAGUAAUGUUGGAUGUUUUAAGAGAAGCUAAUAAAACAUUAUACUCAACAGAAUUGAUGUCAGUAAAUUUAUACUUAAAUAACGUAUCCGAAUAUAUAGAUUUUUAUGCUAGAAAUGAUGCUGGCAUAUAUGAUUUGUCAGAUCAAACAUCAAGUAUACUUAAAGGUUACAAGAUGGUUCAUGAUUUUUUUUUGGAACAGUUUAAGACGAUGAUGUCAAAGUAUUGCAAAAAUGUGAUAUAUGACCAAAUAUUUAUUUAUUGCCCUGAUUACAACAAAUCAGGAGAAUAUACUCCCGAAAUUAUUCAAUAUGUUGCAAAAAAACUUAAAAAUCGAUUAAUACAAACUGAUAAACAACAAAACGAUAUGGAUGAUAAUAUAAAAAACUUAGAAUAUAGUGAAGUAUAUACUUUUUUUAAUAAAGCUAUUGAAAGGUCUAAAUAUUGGGAAUUUUUACCAAAAAAAUUAAUAUUUUAUGACUUAAUGACCAGAAAUUGUGAAAUUUUUGAAAAAGAAAUAAUGAGAAAUUCUCAGGAUAAACAAUAUCCAUUGUUAAUAAACGGACGAAAUGAUAAUGUCUUAGAUAUAAUUCGAUUUGCACCACUUGCAAUAAAAUGUAAAGAUAAAAGUAGCUUGACCCUUUUUGAUAUAUUUAGAUAUAUCAAGUAUACUUUGUAUAGGAAAGAUAUAGAAUUAUUUCAUACACUAAUAUUUACAGCAACAUUUCGUCCUAUUGCUAUACUUGUAAGAUUCUUUAUCAGAGUUCUUAGUUCAUCAACAUACAUUUAUAAUUUUCAUAGUAACCAUAAAAAACCUUUAAAAUUCUAUAAAAAUAUUAUUUCUGUUGGUGAGAGAAUAAUUGAAUGUUUUCAACAGUUUGUAAAUAUGAAUCUGUUUGGUGAUGGUCCAAAUGAAGUUUUUUUUUCAUUUUCAAAAAAAACUUCUGAAUGCCUUAAUAAUUUUAUUAAUAAAAAUAAAUCGAAUCUCAAAUUAUCAAUUAUGGAAUUGAUGCAGGCGUUGAAAUCAUUUUUGUAUAAAAACAAAAUUGAAUUUAUUGAUUUAUCUGUGCUCAUUACAAAGGACAUUACAAAGGACAUUAUCAACAAUUAUUUUAAUGAAUUGGUAGAGAACCUGAAACAAGUAGAAGAAUAUCUAGUAAAAUUAAAUAGUCAAAAGGAAUUUUUUAAAGUCACCAUAAAAACUUUUAAUAUUAAUCACAUGUUGGAUAUAAAAUACACACAUGUUUUUAAUAGAUUUAUAAUAAGUGAGUUAUGUAAAACCAAAGAUAUUUACACAAUGUUAUAUAAAUUCAACGAUGAUUAUGUCAAACAAAUCAGUGAAUUCGGAGAUAAAAGUGCAGCCAUUGAUGAUGAAAUUAGAAACAAAAUAGUUAGGCAUAAAAAACAUCCUGAAAUAAUUAUACACAAUAGUAAUAGAUGCGAAUUAUAUAAUUACAAUUUUUAUCCUAAAUACUUGAUAGAUUACAUAUUGUACAUAUAAAUUAUAUCAAUUUGUAUAUUUAUUAAUAAAU